GGAUACAGUCUUCUUUAUCAAUGGCAGGAGCUAAUUCUGUUCAGGCAGUUUAAUAGACAACGACCGGUGUCCUUCAACCUUUAACUCACACAUGCGCACCAGAGACAUUCUCUUUCUCGGUGGACACAAUGGCGGACGCAGAAAAGAAGGUUCCGGCGGUCCCGGAGAGCCUCUUAAAAAGGCGGAAGGCCUUCGCCACUAUGAAGGCCAUGCGUAUCAAGAAGAUGCUUGCCGAAAAAAAAACUCGCAAGGUGACCAGGCACCUGAUCUACAAGAGGGCUGAGAAGUACCACAAGGAGUACAGGGAGAUGUACCGGCGUGAGAUCCGUAUGGGGAGGACGGCCCGCAAGGUCGGGAACUUCUACGUCCCAGCGGAGCCCAAGCUGGCCUUCGUAAUCAGGAUCAGGGGUAUCAACGGUGUCAGCCCCAAGGUGCGCAAGGUCCUCCAGCUCAUGCGUCUGCGUCAGAUCUUCAACGGAGUCUUCGUCAAACUGAACAAGGCUUCCAUCAACAUGUUGAGGAUCGCCGAGCCCUACAUCGCUUGGGGGUACCCCAACCUGAAGUCUGUGCGUGAGCUGAUCUACAAGCGUGGCCAUGGCAGGAUGACCAAGCAGCGCAUCGCCCUCACGGACAACGCCCUGAUCGAGAAGGCCCUGGGUAAAUACGGCAUCAUCUGCGUGGAGGACCUGAUCCACGAGAUCUACACGGUCGGAAAGAACUUCAAGCCUGCCAACAACUUCCUGUGGCCCUUCAAACUAUCCACACCCCGCGGCGGCAUGAACAAGAAGACGACUCACUUUGUGGAGGGAGGCGACGCUGGAAACAGGGAAGACCAGAUCAACAGACUCGUCAGGAGGAUGAACUAGAGAAGUGAUGGUUUUUCCACGGGAUUCUGAGCUCUGUACAAUAAAAAAAAACUCAAAAGAAACGGGUUUGACGAA